GAGUUUUUCUAGGAGUCCAACAAUCUUUUUUCGUUUACGUCUUUUUUUUUUGUAGUGCACACUUCGUCUUCGUCCGUUAUCUUGGGGCACAGCACCGCGCCAUGCGUAUCACCAAGGCCCAAUUUACAGGGCUUGACGCCUACAAAUACUCGGGUAUCGACAAGUCCGUCGUCAGCAAGUACAUCCUCGGUCCAUUCUGGGCAUGGCUCGUCACCUUGUUCCCUAAGAACAUUGCCCCGAACACCAUCACCUUCAUCGGCCUCUGCUUUGUCUUCACCAACGUCGGUACUCUCUUGUUCUUCGAUCCGCUGUACGAGGGGGGAGCGCUUCCCAGCUGGGUGUACUUUUCCUUUGCGUUUGGACUUUUCGCGUACCAGAGUAUGGAUGCGAUUGAUGGGAAGCAAGCUAGGCGGACAGGGAUGGCCAGUGCCCUGGGAGAGAUGUUUGACCAUGGAUGUGAUGCUAUCAACACCACUCUUGAAGUGAUACUCGCUUCCCACGCCUUGGGCCUUAACCAAUCCUGGUGGACCGUGGCCUCCCAAGUCGCUUCCCUCUGCAACUUUUACGUUUCCACCUGGGAAGAAUACCACACCGGCACACUUUACCUUUCCGCCUUUUCCGGUCCUGUUGAAGGUAUCCUCCUCAUAGUCGGUAUCUACAUCAUUACCGCUAUUCACCCUCUCGGCUCCGGUUUCUGGUCCCAGCCCCUCCUCAAACCCGUCCUCUACCUCGCACCUCAACUUUUCCCGUAUGUCCAAAAAGUCGACGGUCUACUCGAAUCUGUCGGUGUCUGGAAGUACGUCAGGCUGGAGAGUAUCCCGGCCAAUGUGGCAUUCAUGUCGUUUGGUGCGAUCGGGACGCUUGCCAACAUUGUGACCAGCUACCACAAUGUCAUCACCUCUCGUCGAAAAGCGGGUAAACCCAUUUUCCCGCCCUUGUUUGGUCUCUUGCCCUUCUUCACGCACACUACGAUCCUUCUUGCAUGGUUGCAUGCCGAGUCAAAGGGAGGGGUUUGCAUUGUACAUGAUUCGAGGAUGCUGCCGUUCUUGGGAUAUUGGGGUAUGGCCUUCUCUUACCAAGUCUCCCAACUUAUCCUUGCGCACGUUACGAAGAGUAGCUUCCCAUACUGGAAUGGUAUGAUGAUCUUCUCGCUCUUCGGUGCGGCUGAUGCCAACAUGGGCUGGCUUUUUGGCCGUGAACCUUUGGUCCAGUCCUCCCCGGUUGCCGCUAAUGUUUUCAUCUGGAUGUCGUUUGUUGUGGCGUUGUUCAACUAUGUCCGAUUCGCGAGGGAGGUUAUUUGGCAAAUAUGCGAAUACACCGGCCUCGCUUGCUUUACUGUCAGGCACAAGGAUGAGAACGGCAAGUGGGUGCAGAAUGGGAAGAAGACGCAAUAGAUUGAAAAAAAAGAUGAAGGUGACUAGAAAAUGCUAGAGAAAGUAGAGCGAAAGGAUGAGGUUUUUGGACGAGGGUGCGCGGGGGCAGCCAGACAGCCACAUCAUGUUUUGAGCCAUGAGUGAUAGAAAGGCCGUUAUUUCACGUCCACCCUCUCGCGAAUGGAUUACCUCUACGGUACCUUGGGGGUUUAGCAAAGAAACGAUCUCAAGGGUAUUGGACGGUAUGAAGAAGAAGACUUUUGGAUGCAUUUUGAGUUUUACUGCAAUAAUAAA